AUGGCUUCUUCCUACAGCAUCUCAUCCUCCCUCAAUCGAUCAAGCAAGAAAUCCACAGUGAAUGAUCCAAAAACUUGUGAUUGUGGGUUCCCUGCACGUAUUCUAACAUCAACAACACCAAAGAAUCCAGGGAGGCAUUUCAUGGUGUGCAAUGAGGGUAAAUGCAAAUAUUGGAAAUGGUUGGAUGUAGAACUUGUACAGAUGCCUCUAAUGGAAGUGGUGGAGGGAAUGAAAGCUGAAUUAGUAGCAUUGAAGACCGAAGUAGAGAAGGUGAAGGAAGACAUGGAACAGAUGAAGAAGGAAAAGUACUCUGAUGCCAUUGCAAUGAAGGAGAAAAUAUAUAAGUUUACCAUUGGAUUUCUUUUUCUGAUCAUCGUGUAUAUGAUGAAAUGAAGUCACAUGAUGUAUUGAAAGAUGUUGUUUGAAUAGAAUAGAGUUGUUGUCUUAACUUCUUGUUGGAAUGGAAUGAAGUAACAUUGAUUGUAAUG